AUGGCGACAAACGAUCAGAUCAAGACGGCGCUGCUGACAGAGCACUUCCGAUACACACCACUAACANNGACACUUCUGGACGACAUCAUCAACACAGUCAACGAGCUCACCUACCAAGCCGUCGGCGAGAUCGAGACUGCCCUCCUCAACGUACCCAAAGAACAACUCGGUUUCUCCGCCAGUGCGCCCGCUCAACAGAGUGGACAGAACACCAACAAUGACGAAGACGCGUCAGAACAAGCUGCGCGCACCGAGAUCGAGGCUGGAAUCGUCAAGCUCGAGAGUCUGCUCAACUCGACCAUCGACAAGAACUUUGACAAGCUCGAGAUCUACACUUUGCGCAAUCUUUUGACUGUCUCGAAUGCGAAAGAGGACGAAGGGUUAGAGAACUGGAUAGUCCUGGAUCACUACAAGAACCUUCAACCGUCAUCGACAGACGACAAUGCGCCCACUCCCGAAUCAGUCAAUCGCCUGCGCCGCAAAGUACAAGAGACCGAAAAGCUACAAUCAGCCUUGAGAGCANNGAAGCUGCACAGAAUGAAGCUCUGCUUGCUCAACUACGACCUCUCACGUCCGCUCCGCCAGCUGCCCAGUCCUCCUUCAAGCCCGACCAAGACACGCCGCAACAANGCUCAAAACGCUUCCUUCUCCUUCCUCACAAAUACUCCAUCAGCCACCGCUCUUGGAGUCGGUUCCGAAAGACACGCCAACUCGCUUGCCCAAAACACCAGCUUCGUCUAUUCGCAAAUCCCUGCGCUACGAGAAAUUGUCGCUACUCUGCGCUCACACCUUGCCACUCUACCCGCGAAGAACAUGGCAGCUACCGUCGACCAAUCCACAGAAGCAAGACACGCAUACAUCGAGAGCCAGACUCGUCGCGCUCUGGACCGAGCAGGUGUGAAUGCUGUACCAACACCAGAUACCGAGUCUUUAGGAAGACGCAUGGGUGGAGAAGAGACACGAGCUUUGGAAAACAUUGUUGCUGCCAUGGCUGCACAGAACCAGGCGUCAGACAAGAUGGAAGAAUGA